UUCUCCACACAUCAAAUUCUAACUAAAACACCAACUCCUAUUUCUAAGUUCCCUAAUCAUCAAUCCAAUGUCUAGCUCAAUGUUGUUGAUGAAGGUUACCUGUUUAGCAAUAAUGGUUUGCAUGAUUUUAGGUCUACCACAAACUCUUGUUGCUCUCAGUUGUGGCCAAGUUGAAGCAAAAUUAGCACCAUGUGUCCCGUACGUGACCGGAAUCGUAGGUGUUGUCCCACAACCGUGUUGUGAUGGCGUUAAGGCUAUAAACAACCAAGCCGCAACGAAAGAUGAUCGUCAAGCUGCCUGUAGGUGUAUCGAAAAAGCGGCUAACAUGCUGCCCGGACUGAAUGUUGAUGCUCUUGUUGGCGUCCCUGAUAAAUGUGGGGUUAACUUGCCUUAUAAUCUUGGUCCCUCCACUGACUGCAACAAGAUUGAGUAAGAAGAUAUAGCUCGUUUGAGACGACAUCACUAAAUAAAGAAGUUGGCAAUCCACCUGAAAUUGUAAUAACAAUAUUUUAAUGCAUAUCUUAGUUUAAAAUAAAUAAUAUGGACUUUUAUCAAAGUGCACUACAUUAGAAAAAUCCAAAGACAAACGUUCUUUAUGUUUCCCUUAAAUAAGACAAGUACUAAAUGAGUGGAUGUUAGAUAUUAUAUCCUACAAAAUUAUAAGAGAUAUUAAAUGUUUAUACGUA